UUGACCACCUCUUGGUGACAGACCACAUGCCCGGGGCUGUGCACAGCUUCACACUGGGCCCUGCCUUGGAGCCACUGGCCCCCGCCUCCAUGAUGGGACUGGAGGGCCCCUGCUGGGUGGGCCUGGGGCCCAAUGGGGGCCUGGCUGUGAGUGAGGAGUUCGGGGACGUGCGGCUCUUUGGCAGUGCCCGCCAGCCCCUGUGCUCCCUGGGGGACCUGACUGGGCACCACUUUGGCACCCUGGCAGGCGUGUGCACCGACGCAGCGGGCAGUGUCAUUGUGGCAGACGAGCAGCGGCGCCAGGUGACCCUGUUCCCCCGGGCCAGGGCGCCCAUCUGCUUGGUGUCCGAGGGGCUGAGGUGGCCCCUGGGUGUGGCCUGUGCGCCCCAGGGCCAGCUCAUGGUGGCGGACGCAGAGGACGGCUACAUCAAAGUGUACCAGUCCCACUUGGAAUUGGCCUGAUCCGGUGGGCUUGAACGGGAGCAGCCCCUGACUGUGCAUGGGUCCAGUCCCCGGGGUUUGGACCACGAC